AGGAAAUGACGUGAAAACGCUUCAAAUUCUGCGGGCUAACGGGCAUCAUCCAAUCUGAACAACCCUAGCAGCGAGCAGCCUCCCCUCUCACGUCCAGGGGGUAUUUUAGCUUCAUGUAUCCAUAAUUCUUCGCACGCUUCCUGACCGUGUAUUCCCCCCCUGGUUCAGAGGACAGCGCCAUGGGCCUCCACCAGAUCAUCCACAGUGCGCUGCACGAAUUCAUCCAGACUUACAUCCCCGACGCAGACCUCAGUACAUUGGAUGAUGUUCUUCUGUCUUACAUCACUGGAGUUUUGGAGGACCUUGGCUCCCAGCAGAGUGUUGAGGAGAACUUUGAUGUGGAGGUCUUUGCAGAAAUGCUGGAAGCUUACAUUCCUGGAUUUGCUGAAAUUGACAGUGUCAAAGUUUGUGAAAUGAUGUUCAAUUUGGCUUCAAAACUAGCCAGUGCUCGGACCACAGCUGAUGAAGAAAAUGGCAUACCUAAGGUGAGGACAGAAGAUGUUUCAUCAAAACUGGACACCCUGCCCAGCCAGCCUCCACCGGCAGAACUGCAGUGCCUUAAACCGCCGACAGAGGGCGCCACUGCCAAGGAACCAGUAUCUGAAUGGGACUCCCAGGAGCAGCACCUGCUGGAGAUGUUUCCCAAAUGUAGUUUGUCAGAAGCUCGCAGUGCAUUGUGUAUUGCCAAAGGAGAUAUGGAGGAAGCAGUACGCCUGAUCAUAGAGGGUGAUGUCCAGCUCAGCCCCACACCUCUUAAUGUAAACCAUGGGAAGAGUAUUUCCUCACUGGCAGACCACAAACUUAAAGAGAGUAUCCUUGAGAAGUACAUGCAUGUGGACAGGGAGGAAGAUAAAAAAACACACCGACCUGUUGCCCCCAAAGAAGCUCCCAAAAAGUUAGUUCGUUACCAUGGUAACCAGGUUGUAACCACAAAAGGGGAGCGGUAUCAGCUUGUAAAGACAAAUGAAACUGAGGACAUGAAGAAAACGUAUGUCAAUCUCAAGCCGGCACGAAAGUACAGGUUCCAUUGAUGAUGAGCACAACACUGAAAGAGCAGCUAAUGACAACUUUGUUUACACUAAUUUAUUUAUUAACCUUGUUUAGCCUAAAUCCUGGUAUAUUUUCCCAAGUAAUGUUCCACAUUAUCAGUGUGUUGGUGGCUUACUUUGAAACAGUUACCAUUAUAUGCCUUGGUUAAAAUUUGUGUUUGUUGCAUUACUGUUUACUUGAGGAGCUUUUCAAAUGUGUGAUGUUUUUGCAGGAUAUUGUAAUUUGUUAUUUUUUGUGGAACAGCCUAACUCAAAUUUUUUGCCACCUCAGCCGGUCUGAUGUUGAAUUUAGAUUUUUUUUUUCUUUUCUUUUUAAAGAAAAUCAUAGUUGUGACAUCACUGUGUACGGUAAAUGAAUCUGUAUUCUUGUUUGUAAAUAGGUUCUAGUGGUGCUUUUCGACUUUCUUCUGGAUAUUACUCAUUUGGAUUUUUCCCACCCUUAAACCAUAUAUCUCAAAGUGCCAAUUGCAUAUUAUAUUCAGUUUAUAAAAUAUAGGGUUGUAGUACUGUGAAAAUGUUAAAACCAGAAUUUUAACACAAUCUGCUGUGCUACAAAAUUACUACAAGGGAGAGGAAGUCCUCAUUGCUUAUGGUUCUGUUCCUUUCCAGUAAAUAAAGGAAAUGUUUCCUUAUGUCCAAUUUUACAUUGGUUUUUAUUGAUAUUACUCAAUAAGAUAAAUAGGAAAAAUACAUUAUAAUUAUGGCUCAACACAUUCAGAAAAUGACAGGAUAGUUUAAAUAGGACACCUAUGAUCAAGUUUAGCCUGUGCAAGGGAAAGGUUGCUAAUUUUCCUACAAUGUGAAGACUAAUGAAUAGUAAAUAAAUACCUAAUUUUGUUGCACAGCAAAUGUAAAUUUUCAGCAAGUGUGCAUAUUAUGAACUUACCAUGUCUUUCACAUUAAACGGAGGUUCUCUCAUCCCCUAAAAAAAAAACUGUUCUCCUGGAGGACUCCAUUUGAAACAGUUCCCUCUGAAUCAUGUUUAUUUUUGAUAUAGAUGUUUAGAUUUUUAAUAUCUCCAUGGGGAAAAAUGUUUACAAAAAUGUUGGGAUGUUGUAAAAUGUAAAUAAGUUAUAGAUCACUUAAAUUCUAUGUUUAAUUGAACAUUGCAGAUGAACAGAUCCUUGAAUCUGAGAAAUGAUUGAGAACAAAAUUAUGAAAAAACUGACGGAAUAUCUCAUUACUAGUCAGGUCAGUUAUACACAGUACUCGAGUUGAGGGGGGAUGAGGGGGGAUGGCAUCCCCCCCUGAAAUAAAAACAGUCAAAAUCAUCCCCCCUGUAAAACUGCCAUCCCCCCUUUCCAUCCCUUAUGUCAUUUCAUCAAUGAAUGUGGUUUUACUGCUAUUUCAACAUUUAGAGUCAUCACCAGAAAAAUUACACCAGAAAAAUAACUUAUUUGACUAUUUUUACCUGUUUCAAGUAAAUUUUCACUUGAAAUAAGUAGAAAAAUCUGCCAGUGGGACAAGAUUUAUCUUCUCAUUACGAGCAAUAACAUCUUGUUCCAGUGGCAGAUUUUUCUACUUAUUUUAAGUGAAAAUCUACUUGAAACAGGUGAAAAUUGUUGUUUUUUCCAGUGAUGAGUCUUGUUUAAAGUGUAAUGAAAUUUUUUUACUAAAAUGAGACAUUUUAACUAGAAAUAAGACAAAUAUUCUUGUUAAGAUUUUGAAUUUUUGCAGUGAUCCAUUUUACUUAUCCUGUGAAGGACAGAGUCAUAUUGAUAAGUUCAGAAAACUGUUUUUUAUUGUGUUUUGUUGUAUUUGAUGUAAAGCCAGUGGAUAUUUAAAGCUUACAGAAGGCUGCAUUUAACUGCUGCUAUGUCAUUCCUGCAGUAUUUCUGCAGGUGUUUUGGUCAGUGCUAUUAUUUGUAAUAUAUUAUAUUAUUUGUAAUCAGCACAAAUUAUCUGUCCCCAUAUGAUAAAAUCCACCAUCCCCCCUGAUUUUUUUUUUACAACUCGAGUACUGGUUAUUUAUGAUAUAUAUUAAUAAAGGCUGAGCAGCUGGAACGAGUGGCUUUGAUUUUUGGGCCCUCAAGGAGCACUGGAUGUAUAACUGACAUGAUUAUGAGGUGCACUUAUCGUCAUUAUAGAAAACUUUGUUGCUCACGUGACAAUGUCAAAGCUUGUAUGAAGAAGAUCAUAAUGCAUCACUCAUCUAAAGCAUUUAGAGCUAUAAAAUGGAAAUUCUGACAUGGACAGCUCCCAACUGUUUGGCAGCUAAAAUAGUUUCAAGAAUGAGGACUCGAGUCAAGUUAAAAAUUUAAGUUUGUGCAUAUUACCAAAGUGGUUUACUCAAACUCUUGUGUUAUUUGAGUUGUGAAUUUUGCUUUACUUGUGUCUGCAUUUGUUCAACUUUAAUAUGAUUGUAUUCCUAUAUAUUGUUGUAUAUUAUAUAUUCGGAUAAACAAGUUGGUCAGAGUUUCUCCAAUAAAAUACCUGUUCUGAUCUAGAUCCAGUGGAAGCAGGUAAUAGGAAAUUGUCUUAACUUGGUGGUGUGAUUUUGUUUUCCAAACUUGUUGAUACAGUUAAAUAAGUAGAUGUUAAUCAGCUACAACGUUAUCUUUAAUUGGUAUAGAUUGUUUUGUUGCUUAUAGAAUGGACUCCCUAAAGGUGUUCACAUUUGAAUUUGGAACUAAGAA